AUGGGCUCCAAAGCCCCAAAAGGAAAUUCUAAUCAUCAGUGCCAGGAGUACACAGCGCAGAGCCUGCAGACCUGGUGCAACUCAUCAGGGCUGCCUUCCCCUGCUACCCAAGGCUUUGCCAUUCAUCCUGCUAGAUCAGAGACGCUGGCAGACAGAAUGCUCAUUCAAGGCUCCAGCCCUUUUCUAGUGGAGCCUCGCAACUACACCCGGAGAAGGAGUCCUGCCUCCUUUAGGACUAUAAAGAGCAACUGUUCACAGCAGGCGAAGCUUACAAACAGUGGUGGAGAAAAUAACAACGAUGAGGAUGAAUGCAAGCCCAUGUGGGCUUUUAACUCAGAUACAGGAAGGCAACAUAGGGCUUGGGUUGAGGAGCUAGAGCUUUGCUUUAGUAAAAUUAGACAAGUUGGUCAUUUCUGGGUGUCAUGGAAUGGAGUGGCCAACAGCCUGCAGAGCAACGUGCCCAAGUCUUAUUGUGACUACUGCAAUACAUACCUCACCCAUGACUCUCCAUCUGUGAGAAAGACACACUGCAGUGGUAGGAAACACAAAGAGAAUGUGAAAGACUACUAUCAGAAAUGGAUAGAAAAGCAGGCUCAGAGCCUAAUUGACAAAACAAUGGCUGCAUUUCAACAAGGAAAGAUACCUCCUGCUCCAUCCUCUGCUCCUCCUCUUGCAGGAGCGAUGAUACCACCUCCCCCUAGUCUUCUGGGUCUUCCUCACCCUGGUAUGAUGCCAGCACCCCAUAUGAGGGGUCCUCCCAUGAUGCCAAUGAUGGGCCCUCCUCCUCCUGGCAUGACACCAGUGGGCCCUGCUCCUGGAAUGAGGCCGCCUAUGGGAGGCCACAGGCCAAUGAUGCCUGGGCCCCCAAUGAUGAGACCUCCUGCCCGUCCCAUGAUGGUGCCCACUUGGCCCAGAAUGACUGGACCAGACAGAUAA